AUGAGGAACCCACGACCUAAGAUAAAGAGUGCACAACCGUCCGAUGAAAUGGAAAAGGGACCAUAUUACGACUCUGAUUUUGAAGAAAGUGAAUUAGAGUCAGAAUCAGAGAGUGAAUCAGAAAGGGCAUUUGUUGUCGAUGAAGAAUUGGGUGACUAUGAUAGGGAAAAUGUCGAUGAUGAAGGCACUAGAGAAGAAGGUCAUUCUGAUAAUGAAAUUGAAGAUGACGAGGAUGAGGUUGAUCAAAAACCAACCAAAUAUAGUGUUCAUGACCCUUCUGAUCAUUGUAAGAAAAUGAAACCACAUUUAGGUGAAAAGUAUGCUAAUCAAACUGAGUUAAGGUUUUGCCUGACUAACUAUGCAGUUCACAAUGGUUAUCCAAUUAAGGUGACCAAAUCUUCUAGUAUAAGGCUUCAAACAAAAUGUGGUUUAGACAAUAAAGGCAAGAGAUGUACCUUCAAGCCGUGGGCAUCCUGGAUGAACAAAGAGAAAUCAUUUCAAAUUAAGGGACUUAAUGAUAAGCAUACUUGUGUUAGGGAGUACAAGCAUGUCACAUUGGUUAAUCCUGACUGGAUAGCCAAACAGUUCUUGAAAAUUGUGUGUUAG